AGGCACGACCUGGGGCCAGUGGCGCAUUAGGACGUAUUUGGGUGGGAUCUUUGAAUUAGGAGUUGGGGAUUUACCAGGAUCAUUUUAAAAGCAAUGUAUUAAAUAUAUAUCAUUUUUGAUCACAUAGGGGAAAACAGAAAGAAAGAAAGAAAGAAAGAACGAGAUAGAGAGAGGAGGGAGAGGAAGACGUAGGCGUGCCACCGGGUUGUCUGCUUCUAUAUCCGGGAACGUCUCCAGUGUAGCGCAAGCGGAGGAGAGGCGAUGCCACCGCUCCUGAUGCUCUGCGCGUCUUCGUCUCCUUCUCCUUCUUCCUCCUCUUCUGCUUCUGCUUCUUCUUCUCCUUCUCCUUUUUCCUUUUCUUUCAAGCUGCCCUUUACGCUUCCCAGGCGACACGGGGAGUGACGGACGCGCACGGACACGCGCACGCGCACUCUUUCUCUCAUCCGCAGAAGGAAUAACGCACGGACAGAUCCGAGAGAAGGUCCCGGACCUCCGUUGGCGAACAUCAGCGGCAGCAAGCCCCAGUUGCGGCCGGUGGGCAUGGUUUUGGAGGGUAGCUCAGAGGCGCUGUGUCCCCCCCCAUCUCUGGAGUUGCGCCCGUCCUGCAACAAGAGCCAGCCCUCGCCUCUUCUGGGCUCAAGCUCACAACCUCACGACGGAGUCUUCCCUGAGGACAAGGAGCCUGUCAAGUACGGCGAGCUCAUCGUCUUGGGGCACAAUGGGUCACUGGCCAGUGGAGACAAAGGUCGCAGAAGAAGUCGCCUGGCCCUUUACAAGAGACCCAAAGCCAAUGGGGUCAAACCUGAUGUUAUCCAUAAUGUCUCAACUCCGCUGGUGUCAAAGGCACUCAGCAACAAAAGCCAGCACAGCAUCUCGUACACACUGUCACGGAGCCACUCUGUCAUUGUGGAGUACACCCAUGACACCAACACAGACAUGUUCCAGAUCGGCCGGUCCACAGAGAGCAUGAUUGACUUUGUGGUGACGGACACAGCGGGCAGCAGCAGCAGCGGCGGCGGUGGUCAGGGCGUGGGCGCGGCGGGGGACGGCGGCGGUGGAGGUGGAGGAGGAGGUGGUGGCGGAGGAGGAGGAGGAGGCCAGUCGGCCCAGAGCACCAUCUCCCGCUACGCCUGCCGCAUCAUGUGCGAACGCAGCGCUCCCUACACGGCCCGCAUCUACGCCGCCGGCUUCGACUCCUCCAAGAACAUCUUCCUGGGGGAGCGGGCUGCCAAAUGGAGGACAUCGGACGGCUUAAUGGACGGCCUGACCACCAAUGGGGUGCUGGUGAUGCACCCGGCGGGGGAGUUCGUGUCUGAGCCGGCUCCGGGCGUCUGGAGGGAAAUCUCGGUCUGUGGCAACGUCUUUGCCCUCAGAGAGACACGUUCAGCCCAACAGAGGGGGAAACUGGUCGAAAACGAGUCAAACACCCUCCAAGACGGCUCUCUGAUCGACCUCUGCGGGGCCACGCUGCUGUGGAGGACCCCCGCCGGACUGCGCCACACCCCCACCCUCAAACAGCUGGAGUCCCUUCGCCAGGAGCUGAACGCCGCCCGGCCCCAGUGUCCCGUCGGCUUCAACACCCUGGCCUUCCCCAGUCUGGCCCAGCGCGAGAUCGUCGACAAGAAACAGCCCUGGGUUUACGUCAACUGCGGGCAUGUACACGGAUACCAUAACUGGGGCUACCGCAAGGAGAAGGGCCCCGCCGGCCCCGGGGGCACAGCGCCGGCCAGCACUGGGGAAAGGGAGUGCCCCAUGUGCCGGAGAGUAGGCCCCUAUGUGCCCUUGUGGCUGGGCUGUGAGGGCGGAUUGUACCUUGAUGCGGGUCCACCCACCCAUGCUUUCUGUCCCUGUGGCCACGUAUGCUCAGAAAAGACAGUAGUGGGGUGGAGCCAGAUCCCGUUACCACACGGCACCCACGCCUUUCAUGCUGCCUGCCCCUUCUGUGGUACCUGGUUGACAGGGGAGCAGGGCCACAUCAAACUCAUCUUCCAGGGCCCCGUCGACUGAAGAAGCCCAGACGUGGACGCCGCUCAGAGGAAAAGUGUCGGUGGAUCGUACAGAGGGCCUGCAGACUAAAGACUAAAGAGUGCUACAACCACUGGUGCAGGAGAAAGAUGGUUGACAUGAUGGACUGAAAGCAACAUGCAAUAGUAGAUGCCAAGGCUUCACAUCAAAUAUAAGGUUUAUGGAGAAUGUGUAAAUAAAUUGUGUUGAAAUGAA